UUCAGUUGCCUUUUAGUUGUGCUUGCAAGUGGUAGCAAUAUAGAACAAAUUUUGACGCCCAAAAAAGCAUAAAAAAAAAUCACAAAAAAAAGAAGAGAAAUUUCAUAGAAAUCCUCGAAUCCUUCCAUUUAUUAUUUCACUUCUGAAAUAUAUGUAGAAACUUUUUUGCCUAGAUUUCAUCGAUAAAUAUAAAUGCCUUUCGUCGAAAGAUUUCAACAAAUACGGAAUUUUGUUAUGAACGUUUGUCUUAUCGAGGCCAUACAAUUUGUCCAGGACCUAACGCAUGCCAUCUGUUUGGACUUUCGUGGUUUAUUCAAUCCCAUCUAGAGGAAAGAAAGUAACAAAGGAGGAAGAGAGGAGAACGAAAGUAGCAAAGAAACCCUGAGAUUUUCAAACCAAACUUAUAAAAGCUGCAACUCAUCAAUCACAUCACACUCAAAUCGGUGACCAAAAAUAAAACCAAAUCGACCCACAAAUCGACAUCUACAACAACAACAACGACCCAAUCCCUUAAAAAACGGACAGUGUAACGACAUUUUUUGUGCUUGGUUUUAAAAACUCAACGAAUCACACCACACACAUCAAAAACUUCAUAUAUAUAUCACUCACUACACACAUAUUUGAUAGUCAUCUUCGAUCCAAUUCGAUCUCAUCAAAUAACCAAUCAUGCUUUCUUGUGCCUCAUUCAACAAAUUGCUCUAUCCCACGGCGACAGGUGGUAGUGUUACGCCUGUAACUAGUG